UUGGAUCGAUGGACGCGCGUUGUUGUAAAACUUGUUGAUAGUCAUGCAUGUAUCGUACCAAUAAUAGCAUUUCUCCGAUUUUCGAUUCUAGGAAAGAAAUAAACUAAUUAAAAGAUACAGAAGAAAAUCAGUAAGUGAAGGCAUCAUGGAGAAGACCGUACAAGUAAAGAAGUCAUUUGCACCCUCUGUGUCCCAAAUCAAUGCAGAGUUUGUAACACAGUUGGCAAAUAAAUAUUGGGCUCCACAUGUCAAGAAGAAAUUGCCCUUUGACCCAAAGGUUGUGGAAGAUGUGUACCAGAAGGAAAUUCUGAAGUCAAAGUUUGCAAUCAGGAAGAUCAUGCUGCUUGAGUUUAGCCAGUAUCUGGAGAAUUACCUGUGGGUGAACUAUUCCCCUGAGGUAUCCAGUAAUGCCUAUUUAAUGACAAUUUGCUGUAUUGUUAAUGAGAAGUUCAGAGAAAAUGUCCCGGCAUGGGAGGCUUUUAAGAAGAAGCCUGAACACUUUACAUAUUUUUUCAAAUGUAUCCUGGAAGCAUCGCUGGCUGAUGAAGAUGACGAGUUGUCACUGCGAGAGCAAACUGUUCAACUGCUCUUUCUCGAUCACUGCUUUAACAGCCUGGAAGUGGACUUGAUCAGAGAACAGGUACAGCAGCUCAUCUCCCUUCCCAUGUGGGUUUGUCUGCUACCAACACGGCUUGAGCUUGAAUUAAAGAAAGUACCUAAACUGCGGAAGUUUUGGAAUUUGGUCAAGAAGAAUUACGACAAAAUGGCUAAAAAAGCAGCAGAACAGGCUAAAAAGGAGAGAACAUUUCUUUCCUUUCUUAUUAAGAAAUUCCUUAGAGUGCUCAAGUCAAUUCCUCCAUCAGGUCCCGUUUCUUUGGAAAAAAUCCACUACUGUGAAAGAUUUAUAGAGCUGAUGAUCGAUCUGGAGGCCUUGCUUCCCACCCGCCGUUGGUUUAACACCCUGCUGGAUGAUUCUCAUCUUGUGGUCCACUGUUACCUGUCCAACCUCCUUAAAAGGGACAAAGAAGGACAUCUUUUUUGCCAGCUUUUGGACAUGCUUAAGUUCUACACAGGCUUUGAAAUUAAUGACCAGACAGGGAAUGCUCUGACACAAAAUGAAAUGACAACGAUGCACUACGAUCGCAUUACAUCAUUGCAGAGGGCAGCGUUUGCUCACUUUCCGGAACUUCAUAAUUUUGCUUUGUCAAAUGUGGCAGCAGUGGACACUCGAGAUUCCUUACUAAAAUUGUUUGGACCUCUCAGUCCCAACACACUCCACCAGGUGGCAUCAUAUCUCUGUCUCUUGCCAGCUCUCCCUGAGGGAGAAGAGACAGCCUAUGAUAAGGAGAUGCUCUUGGAACUACUGGUGUCCCGACAUGAGCGGAGAAUAUCCCAAAUUGAACAACUUAACCAAAUGCCCCUUUAUCCCACGGAGAAGAUUAUCUGGGAUGAAAACAUUGUUCCUACUGAAUAUUACUCUGGGGAAGGCUGUUUGGCUCUACCAAAACUGAAUCUACAAUUCCUGACUCUUCAUGACUAUCUUCUGAGAAACUUCAACCUCUUCCGACUAGAAUCAACCUAUGAGAUCAGACAAGACAUUGAAGAUGUGGUCAGCCGGAUGAAGCCGUGGCAGUCAGAAUAUGGAGGGGUUGUAUUUGGUGGUUGGGCUAGGAUGGCACAGACAAUCCUCGCCUUUUCCAUCGUUGAGGUGGCAAAACCCAACAUUGGAGAGAACUGGCCAGCCAGAGUGAGAGCCGAUGUCACCAUCAACCUGAAUGUCAGAGACCAGAUAAAGAGUGAAUGGGAAGGCCUCCGUAAACAUGAUGUGUGCUUCCUGAUUACGGUUCGUCCAACCAAGCCUUACGGGACCCGGUUUGACCGCAGGGAGCCCUUUGUAGAGCAGACUGGCCUAGUGUACGUGCGAGGAUGUGAGAUUCAGGGCAUGCUGGAUGAGAAAGGAAGAGUCAUUGAAGAAGGUCCUGAGCCUAAACCAAAACUUAAAGGUGAUUCAAGAACAUUCAGGGUUUGGCUGGACCCAAACCAGUAUCAACAGGACAUGACAAACACUAUCCAAAAUGGGGCAGAGGAUGUCUAUGAGACCUUCAGUAUCAUCAUGAGGAGAAAACCUAAAGAGAACAACUUCAAGGCAGUUCUGGAGACCAUCCGAAAUCUGAUGAACACUGACUGUGUGGUUCCUGACUGGCUGCAUGACAUCAUCCUGGGCUAUGGGGAUCAGGGCAGUGCACAUUACUCCAAAAUGCCUAAUCAGAUAGCUUUGUUGGAUUUCAAUGACACCUUCCUCUCCAUCAAUCACCUGAAGGCCUCCUUUCCUGGUUAUAAAGUUAAAGUCGCUGAAGAAAAUCUGUCUCUACAGAAACCUCCAUUCAGGAUCAAGUUCCCUGUCACAAGCGGCAAGGGAAAGAAAAGGAAAGCAGAAGAGGAGGGGGAUGAGGAGGAAGAUUGUACUUUAAUAGUUGAACCUCAUGUCAUUCCAAACAGAGGACCUUACCCAUACAACCAGCCCAAAUGCAAUACAAUUCAGUUCACACCUACACAAAUAGAGGCUAUACGUGCAGGUAUGCAGCCAGGACUGACCAUGGUUGUUGGACCUCCGGGUACAGGAAAAACUGAUGUGGCUGUGCAGAUCAUUUCUAAUCUCUAUCACAAUUUCCCAGAGCAAAGAACUCUAAUAGUGACACAUUCUAACCAAGCUCUGAACCAGCUGUUUGAGAAGAUCAUGGCUCUGGACAUAGACGAGCGUCACCUCCUGCGUAUGGGUCACGGGGAGGAGGAGCUGGAAACCGAGAAGGAUUUCAGCAGGUAUGGGCGAGUUAACUAUGUCCUGGCUCGGAGGUUGGAGCUUCUGAGGGAGGUGGGACGGCUUCAGGAGAGCCUUAAUGUGCCAGGAGAUGUUUCCUACACUUGUGAGACAGCUGGCCAUUUCUACUUGUAUCAAGUGAUGUCUCGCUGGGAGGAGUACCUCAGCAAAGUAAAAGCCAAACCUGGAAAGCAGGUUGAUGUUCAGGACGUUUCCAGGCAUUUUCCUUUCCACAAGUACUUCUCGAAUGCACCACAGCCUGUCUUUAAAGGACAAUCCUAUGAAGAAGAUAUGGACAUUGCUGAAGGUUGCUUCAGGCACAUAAAGAAAAUAUUCACUCAGCUGGAGGAAUUCAGAGCAUUUGAACUUCUGCGCAGCGGACUGGAUAGGUCCAAGUAUCUCCUGGUAAAAGAAGCAAAGAUUAUAGCCAUGACCUGUACGCACGCUGCCUUGAAACGUCAUGACCUAGUUGAGCUGGGAUUUAAGUAUGACAACAUCCUAAUGGAAGAAGCAGCUCAGAUUCUUGAGAUUGAAACAUUCAUUCCACUGCUCCUGCAGAACCCAGAGGAUGGCUUCAGUAGGCUGAAGAGGUGGAUUAUGAUCGGUGACCACCACCAGCUGCCCCCAGUUAUUAAAAACAUGGCUUUCCAGAAAUACUCCAAUAUGGAGCAGUCGCUGUUCACGAGGUUUGUUCGUCUGGGAGUACCAACCGUUGAUUUGGAUGCUCAGGGCAGAGCGAGAGCAAGCUUGUGCAACCUUUACAACUGGCGUUACAAACAACUGGGAAACCUACCCCACGUUCAGCUGCUGCCUGAGUUCAGAUCAGCCAACGCUGGGCUUGCCUAUGACUUCCAGCUUAUCAAUGUGGAAGAUUUUAAUGGUGUUGGAGAGUCUGAACCAAACCCCUACUUUUAUCAGAACCUUGCCGAAGCAGAAUACGCAGUGGCACUUUUUAUGUACAUGCGGCUACUGGGAUACCCUGCAGAUAAGAUCAGCAUAUUGACCACCUACAAUGGGCAGAAGCACCUCAUUCGUGAUGUUGUCAACCAGCGCUGUGGAAAUAACCCUUUUAUGGGGCGACCAAAUAAGGUGACAACAGUUGACAGAUUUCAGGGUCAGCAGAAUGAUUACAUCAUCCUCUCACUGGUCAGAACUAAAGCCGUGGGACAUCUUAGAGAUGUACGGAGAUUAGUUGUUGCGAUGUCCAGAGCCAGGCUAGGGCUGUACAUUUUUGCCCGAGUCUCUUUGUUCCAGAACUGCUUUGAGCUGACUCCUGCCUUUAACCAGCUUGCAGCACGGUCCCUCCAGCUGCACAUAGUGCCGAAUGAGUACCACCCCACAAACAGACUGAAUUGGAAUGCACCAGCCCACCCUGUUCAGGUAAUCAAGAACAUGCCAGAGAUGGCCAACCUUGUGUAUAGCAUGUAUAUGCACAUGAUCCAGAGUACCCACCAAUACAGACAGCAACAACAGCUUCUACCUCCCCCGCGUCAACUGAAAGUUGAAGAGCCCGUUCCAAAUCCAGUCGGGCCAGAGGAGGAAGAGGAAGAAGAAAUGGAGACAGAAGAACAGGCCCAGGGCAAAGAGGAAGAAGACGCAAAAGAGGAGCCAGUGGAAGUGGUGAACAUACAGGAAGAACACCACCAAAUGCCAGAACACCCUGGUAGAGACAGCGACAGCGAGGACAGUCCGGGAGAAGAAGACCCUGCAAACUAAACUCUAUUUAAUCCUACAGUGUAUGACAUCAGUGGGGAGCAGCUCAUAAAUGAGUGAAACUGCAGUUACAGCAUCUGACCUCUCCACUGUUACGCCUAUAAGACUGCUGCUUGCAGUGUUUGCUGUUGGAUAACUAAAGCCCGUUUCAACAGGGAGGGAGAACUUUGUUUUAAGGAAAUAGUAUAUUUCCCAAAAAUCUAUAAGAAUGAUUUGAAAAGACUAUGGGGAAAUAGCUAUAUCAAGAGUGUUUUUUUUUCACUGCUGAAUGUGAUUAUUUCAUUAUGUUUUCAUUUCUUUUGAGUGAAUUGUUUCAUUAAAAAAAAACAACACAUUUCAUUUACUUUGGUCAUUUCAAAGUUUGUUAGCCGUGUUCUAUCUGACUUGAAAAUAUGUUCAGGCAAUAUAGUCAAGCUGUGCCACUGAACCAAAGUCAUCUCUUCUGGAUGAGCAAGCAGAGAGCCAAUAAAUAUACUAACGCAAAACAGUCUACCCCUCAAAUACAGAAAUAGAUUCCUUCAUCUCCCAAAAAAUAAUUUCUGGAAACCCUGCCAGCCUGUGAACAAUAAGUACUUUCUACUACUCACUGCUUUUUCAGGUGCUGAUGGGCACAAUGAGUGGCUUAUCUGGUGGCUCCAGAUUGUUCCGCCAAAAUGUGUCUAUGUAUGAGUGCAGAAUGUGUGCCAAGAACAAAUGGACUGGACGCUAUUCCCACUGCUGUCCAAGGGCUGGCUUUGCUAGGUCAUCAGAACUCAGUGUUUUUAAAUGGUGUUAAUGUGUAAUCUGAUCCUGGAUUAGAGUUUUCGUAAUCUGAUCCUAGAUCAGACCUUGAGGGAACAAUCUAUAUAGAAAUGUGCACGUGUAGUAUUGGUGAUUGGUUAUAGUGUACUGUAAUGGAAUGGUUGCAAAGAAAAUGAAUGCAUUUUAUAAUUCCAUUUGUAUACACCACCCACUCAUUAUAUCGCGGGUGCCGGUGUCCAAUACAAAUCCUCUAUGUUGUUGUACAUAUCCAAAUUGGAAUAUUGUUUUGCCAAUUCACUGUUUUGCAACUUUUAUCCUUUGUAUAAUCCCCUUUUACAUUGUUAUGUUGCAUAUUUAAUCAUUAGCAAUAAUUUAAAUGCAAUUGCAAACCCAGGGUUACGUAUUUGAGUUGCAGUUUGUGCAAUAUGUAUGAGAUUGAAAAAUAGUAAAAGGCAUUGCCUUGGGUCAUUUGAGCCAACUAGUAACAUGGCACAUACUUUUUGAGUUAAGCCAAGGAGGCUGGUACAUCUCUUAUGACCAUAGAGUAAGUGACAUAAGGUGUUCCUCACAGCUACAGAUUUGGCUUCCCAAUCUGAUUCCCUGUGCUUAAUAUUUCAUUUUACGCAUGAUCCAAUGCUUAUAAUUGAAGGAAGAAUCCAGCACCCCAUUACUUAUUGAUCUACAAAUGCUCAGAUACUUUGCUCAAAUAAACUCUUUGUUCGAUGAUAAUAUCUGUAACGCUUCAUAAACAGUAAGUGGGUAAAGGGAUACAUCUAGAUAGCAAAAUUGUCAUUUCUUACUAUGCUGCUCAAUGCGCUUUGUUUAAUCACAGGUCACUAAAACAAAUAGGUUAUUGAUCAGCAGCGUCUGCCUGAUGACCAUGUGAAACCACCCUCGCCUUGGGUUCAAAGAAGAUAGUAUGACUAAGGAGAUAAAGGAGGUAGGUUAUUUGUUUCUCUUUCUCUGGGGAAGCGCUUUGUAGGUAAACCAUGUGUUUACAUUAUAUGGCCCAGGCUCUUUUUAAGUAUGCUUGACCCCUUAACAAAACUGAAACAACAUUUUUAAAAUACAGUAGUUGUUGGGAAACAUGCACAAACAUGAUAUCUCAUUUUAGGGAAUGCAAAUGAUCAGAAAAAUAAAUAACAAUAAAUUAAAACUUUAUGAUGAGGUAUGAGGUUGGGAGAGUUAUACAUGCUGUUAAUAAAUAAAUAAUGGGAAUUACUCUCAAAAUAACGUGGAGAGAGAACUGGUAAUUGACAGAUCAAAACAGGUUGCUACCUGUAAUGGUUUUUAAGGCACUGUUCCUUAUUAGAGCACCAAUUCUAGAUAUCCUUGUCUACAUUUAAUGUUCUGUAUAGUACAGCAGUCACGUUUGUCUCUGUAAUUUAGCAAACAAUCAAACUGUUCUACUAUGAUCUAAAUUGUCUGGUCUGGUAGUACCAAUUAAAUAACAGUAAUUGCAGGUCAAAUAACACUAUGUAACACAAUUUUUGUUCAUGGGUAGUAAGCUAUUAUUCCCCACAAACUUUGCUUUUGUGA